CAGCUUGUUGCCGCCUGCAUUGAGAAAUAUGUAAACAUUUAUACUCUCUCUUAGUUAACACUCUUUCUCUUUUUAUCUCCGUUUGGCUCUCUCUGUUUUUUUCACUGAUUGUCUUUUGUAACAGCUGGGCCAUAGUUUGGAAUUUUUGUUCAGUAAAGCUCCGUCAACGUAGGCGGCAGGCCGCUUCCAAAAAAAAAACAUAACAUAUAUAAACAAGUGUUUUUUUUUUUUAAUAAAUUUAAAGUAAUACAAAUUAAAUUAAAUUCAAGUGAUAAUGUCUCGGUUGAUUUCGGGAGUGCGUACUUUAUUCCGUCGUUAUCCGUUUGUGACCAAUAGCGCCAUCUAUGGGAGCCUGUAUGUGGGCGCCGAAUAUUCCCAGCAAUUUGUAUCCAAACGUUGGCUAGCCCCGGCGGCCCAACGAGAGGAUAUCGAUUAUGCAACAAUAGGAAGAUAUGCCGUGAUGGGAACUGCAGUAUAUGCCCCAACACUUUACUUUUGGUACAAAUGGUUAGAUCGCGUUUUCCCUGGCACUACCAAAAUUGUAAUAGUUAAAAAAUUGAUUCUGGAUCAGUUUGUUCUAACGCCUUAUCUACUGACUGUGUUUUAUGCAGGCAUGUCCAUGAUGGAGGGCACUGAGGAUACUUUCCUGGAAUUGCGAGAGAAGUUUGUGCCGACUUUCGUACGUUCCUGCAUUUUCUGGUUGCCCGCCCAGGCCUUGAACUUUUCAUUGGUGGCGCCACGAUUCCGUGUUAUAUACAUGGGUGUAUGUGGUCUGAUUUGGGUGAAUAUUCUCUGCUGGACCAAGAGACAGAGUCUACCGUUGGCCAUGAAACCCAAAGAAAUUGAAACAACUGCAACUGUAGCUGCCAUACAGGAUACCGAAACAUGAGAUUUGAUUUUACAAAAAUAUUAUAUAUAAAAGUAUUUCUAUGUAUAUAAGUCUUAGAUAGAAUAUGACAAUGUAUUGGCAAAUAAAGGCAGAUGUAAAGAGUAA